AUGGUGCUCAAUGUUUUAUUUGUCGAUUUCUAUGACUCUUUUACUUACAAUCUGGUGAGUUUAAUUCGAGACCAAGGCCAACAUGUAACGAUCAUCCAUUUUGACAGCUAUGGCGAGGAUAUCGAGAGGUUCUGGAAAGACCUGCAGUGCUUUGACUGUAUUGUGCUAGGACCAGGACCUGGAAAUCCUGAAAACGGAUUUCCCGAUGUGGGAUUCAUGGAACAGCUAUUUGUGCGCCAAGUUGACUUGCCGGUGCUGGGAGUCUGCUUAGGGUUCCAACUUAUGUGCAAGAGCGUGGGAUGUACAAUCGAACAGCUUCCUAGCAUUAAGCAUGGCCAAGUUUAUGAUGUGAAGCUUAGCAGCGGUGCGGAGACUGCGGGGUCGCUCUUCGAAGGGUACCCUUCCUCGUUCAAGUCCGUGCGGUAUCACUCUUUACAUGUGAACUGCAAGAAUUCUGAUGUUUCGCGCAUUGUACCGCUGGCAUUUACCGACGAUGAGGGUGGUACUGUACUCAUGAGCGUGCAGGUCGCCAAUAAGCCUUGGUUUGGUGUCCAGUAUCACCCUGAAUCAUGCUGCUCUGAGCUCGGUGGUAAGCUGAUAGAGAAUUUCCUAAAAAUCACUGAGCGCCACAAACAGGCCCGAGUCCGGGCGAGCGAAAGCAGCGAUCUUUCUACCGCGCAAGGUGUCAUUCGCAACCUCGAUCAAACAAUUGAUAAAAGCAGCAUCUAUCAAAAACAGGAUCUCCAGGCCCAAAAUAUUCAAAUUGAAGAAAUUCCGAUUGAACCGUGUACUUUGUUAGCACUGCAGAUCUGCAACUUGUUAACAGAACCCUUUUUCUUGAUGUCUUCCUCCACUAUCCACGAAAACAGAGGAGAGUUUUCAAUCAUUGCUUUACCUAAUGAGCGUUCAACUGUCUACACACAUUAUGACCAAGUACACAGGACUCUAGUACACCAAUGGCGCGACCAAAGAAUCACUCUCGAAGGCUUUGCCUCGGCUGCUGAAACUGGUUUAUCAUGCGAUGGCGUCGACAUCAUAAAUCAAAGCAAACACGAAUUUUGGAAGACGUUAGGGACUUUCAUGCAGCCCAAGAUGAUGGCCAACAAUCCGGACAUUCCUUUUAUAGGAGGCCUAGUUGGUGUUUUGGGUUAUGAAAUGGGCCAGUUUACCGUCCAUGAUCGCGAGGGCAAACUUGUGCCUGAUGCUAAGAUGGUUUAUGUCGAGAACAGUGUGGUCGUGGACUAUCAAAAGGGAGUUUUAAUGCUCAUAUCGUUAAACAACAAAUUUCCAGAGAACGCUCGAAGCGCUGUGAUGAAGAUAGUCCAAGGCUCGAAACCCGGGACGCGCCUGCCUCAGCUACCGGACGGGGUCGAGUACGACAUCACGAUGCCUACCAAAGAGUCGUAUGUCAGAGCCUACAACAAAUCACAGAGCUAUCUCAACAAAGGCGACUCUUACGAAGUGUGUUUGACGACACAAACACGCGUGGUUCCCAGUAAGCGGAUUGAGCCCUGGAGAAUCUUUCAGACUCUCAUUUGCCGCAACCCUGCUCCAUUUUCAAGUUUCUUUGAGUUCACUGACAUUAAGCCUGGCCAUUCGGACUUGUGUCUGUUGUCUACCUCUCCUGAGCGAUUUUUGAAAUGGGACGCGGACACAUGCGAGCUACGGCCCAUAAAAGGUACUGUUAAGAAAGAUGGUAACACAACGCGCGAGCUUGCCACAAAAAUUCUGAAAACUCCUAAGGAAUUUGGCGAAAACUUGAUGAUUCUUGAUCUCAUUCGCAAUGACCUUUAUGAGUUAUUGGACGUGGUAACAGUAGACGAGCUUAUGUCUGUAGAGGAGUAUGCGACGGUGUACCAAUUGGUGAGCGUAGUCAAGGGGCACGGUCUGCGGCAGGCCCCAUACUCGGGAAUUGACUUACUGCAACACUCGCUUCCUCCAGGAUCUAUGACGGGUGCCCCCAAGAGAAAAACCGUCGAGUUGCUCCAUGAUGAGAUUGAAAAAGAGUUGAACUCGCACAUAUCGCCGACCAGCGCGCGCGGCGUAUACUCUGGUGUCACGGGGUACAUGAGCUGCAAUGACCGAGGCGACUGGUCUGUGAACAUCCGCUGUAUGUUCUCUUACGACAACGCUCGUACUUGGCGCCUGGGCGCGGGUGGCGCGGUGACAGUGCUGAGUACGCUUGAAGGUGAGUGGCAGGAAAUGCUCACGAAGUUGGAGAGCGCGCUACAAGUUUUCCAAAAUUGA